AUGUGCUCCAAAGCUGCAAAACUGGAGCCCACAGCUUCCUGGUUUGAUCAUGAGGAUGUAUUUGUGCCAGAUUAUAAUCCCAUCUACCUGUUUGUGUUACAGAGGUUAUGCGACUAUGUGUGUGAUCUGCUGCUGGAGGAAUCUAACGUUCAGCCUGUAGCCACACCGGUUACAGUCUGUGGAGAUAUUCAUGGUCAGUUUUAUGAUCUAUGUGAACUCUUCAGGACUGGGGGUCAAGUUCCAGACACAAACUACAUUUUCAUGGGAGAUUUUGUGGACCGAGGUUAUUAUAGUUUGGAGACGUUUACUUACCUCCUAGCUUUAAAAGCCAAGUGGCCUGACCGCAUCACGCUGCUGCGAGGAAACCAUGAGAGCAGGCAAAUAACGCAGGUUUAUGGGUUUUAUGAUGAAUGCCAAACAAAGUAUGGGAACGCCAAUGCUUGGAGGUACUGCACCAAGGUGUUUGACAUGCUGACGGUGGCGGCGUUGAUAGAUGAGCAGAUCCUCUGUGUCCACGGCGGCCUUUCGCCUGACAUCAAGACUCUGGACCAGAUCCGAACCAUCGAACGCAACCAGGAGAUUCCCCACAAAGGAGCGUUCUGUGACCUGGUUUGGUCCGACCCGGAGGACGUGGACACCUGGGCCAUCAGUCCCCGCGGCGCCGGCUGGCUGUUCGGCUCCAAGGUCACCAAUGAGUUCGUUCACAUCAACAACCUGAAGCUGAUCUGCCGCGCUCACCAGCUGGUGCACGAGGGCUACAAGUUCAUGUUUGACGAGAAGCUGGUGACGGUGUGGUCCGCUCCCAACUACUGCUACCGCUGCGGGAACAUCGCCUCCAUCAUGGUCUUCAAGGACGUCAACAGGAGGGAGCCCAAGCUGUUCCGAGCCGUGCCGGACUCUGAGCGGGUCAUUCCUCCCCGGACCACCACCCCUUACUUCCUGUAAGGUCCGCAGCCCCGCCCCCUCCAUCUGCUUCAGAGGGUAUUCAUCAGCACCAGUCAGAGAACGAUCCAGAGCAGGAGGAAUCGGUCGGAACCAAAGCCGCGACUCGGUUUCUUUCCGGUUUUUGAGAUGCUGACUGUGAAGCAGAAGGUUAAACCUGUGGGGCACCUCUGGUCUCUUUGUGAUAAUUUCCCAGCUGCAAGUGAACACCUCAGAUUCUCAGCCUCUGAGCCCAUCCUGCAACAUUCUGCCUUAAACAUUUUUAACUUUCUUUAAUUUAUUCAUCUUAAAAUGUCACGCACACACUGUUUUAUGUUUUUAUUUUCUCAGACCGGUGUUUGUUCUCCUCUGUGUGUCUGAAGCGGGAUGAAGCAGUUCCUUAACUGAGGGGUUUACGUUGAAUCUUGAUUCGCUCGGUAUAGAUGCACCGAUUGCUGCCUUUAGGCUGAUGUCUCUAAGAACUGACCAAACACACACACACACACAAAAAAAAAAAGAUAAUUUCUGUAAAACAGGAUCUUUGUCAGCGAAAUGUUCUAAUGUUUGAGCGUUUUACAGACCAUGACAGUUAGGCGGAGUCAUCCCAUCUGUCCACCAAUCGGUGCGUCCCUCAUUAUCUGUGGCAUUAUGUCUGUGCCAAUUACCAGCUCUGCACAGCGGCUGGAGCUCACAGCUGACUUCCAGUUUGUUUACCUGUCUUGUAAUUUGAAUAAAAAUGUAUUCA